CUUUAUAAUAAGAGAAAUCUGUAUAUCGGUACCUGGAACAAUAACAACACGAAAGUACUAUGCUACUGCAUUGUAAUGCAUAGGCCUAUUUUAAUACGUUACUUAGAUAGGCUUUUCUUUUUCCAUUGAUAUUGUUUACUUCCAACUUCCUUGAUUCCUAAUUAGUAUGCCAGUUACGGUAUGCAUAUAAACUCCUGAUAUUUCCUGGUUUAGAACAAUACGUUUAUUAUAGGUUUAUUACGGAACAGACGAUAUCUUAACAGUCUUAGGAGUAAAAGUCUGUUUAGCAUACUAGAAAAGUGAUUAUACCAUGGCUGAGGCAUUAAGUAAUAUUUCAACUACGCCCGAAGCAAAGGAUUUACUGCACGACAACACGUGGCUGAUAGCUCUGCGAUUCGUGGUCGUUGGUGUUGGAAUCGUUCUCAACAUUGUUGUCACUGGAGUGUUCAUGUACACACGAAUGUAUAGAAAGUCAUUACUACACGGAUUAAUUGUCCAGCAAUCGUUCGUAGAUUUCUUUGGUUGCUGCCUGUUCCUUAUAUUCUAUAAUCAAGACGCACCGAGUGGAAACUGGGGAAAAGCUUUUUGCAAGUGCCGUAGUAUUUUCUGGUUUGUUGUAAUAACGUCCACGUACAAUCUUCUGAUGAUAACCUUCGAACGAUUCAUUGCGGUCGUGCAUCCGAUCACUUACAGAAAAAGACACAUUGUACAAAGAUCUCGACUGUUUUACAUAGUACCAUACAUUACUUCUUUCUUGAUUACGUUUCAUCUCGCGAUUAUCGCCGAUAUCAACGAGGAUCUAAUCGGAGAGUGUCAGUAUACUAAAUCAAAUCCUGAAUUCAAAUUUUUUUCAGGCUUUUUCAUUUUUACGGCUUUUUUUUUCUUCCCGGCAUGUUUUAUGUCUUACUGCUACGGUCGGAUCUUGCUGGUGUUCCGUAAAAGGGCAAAGGAACGGAAACAGAGCGCAGCAGUGAGUGACCAUGGAGGUACUGACAAACCAAAUAAAAGAUUGUAUCAUGUAUCCACACAAAGAAACCUGGUGUACACGAUGUUUUUCGUCGUUAUUGGAUUUAUUUUUACUACUUCUCCUAACGUCACUAUGUAUCUUGUGUAUACUAUUUGCAGGUGUUUUGAAUACAGCACCAUUGUUGCACACGAGAUUACGGUGCUUAUCUACACAAGCAAUAUGUGUAUUAACCCGAUUAUUUACGGAGCGAAGAUGAAUGAAUUCCGCAGUGGUGUGCUAAAGAUUUGGCGUAAAACAAUUAUGUUUGCGACGGGUCGUGAUUUUGACGACAAAUCAACUUCCAUUGAUAACACUCUAUCAAUGAGUAAAACAGAUAUGCCAAAUUGAUGAGAAUAAUACCAGAAGCAAUGGUAAUUUUGUAUAUAUAAUGUUAUGCAUAGCGUUUAAACAUGGACCUAUUAAUAUGUCCAUGGUUUAAACAUGUCUUUAUAUCUUUCUAAUAUCAUUUAUACCGAAUGGAUGUAUUGCCAAGUGAAGAGUGUCGCAUUUAGAAAAAUAAAAGUGGCAUUGUUACUCUCUUUACGGUUCUGAUUUUGGCAGUUCAACAAUUGAUUCUGUACAAAAAAUAAUAAUAAUAAUAAUUGUAUCAGGCAUAGACUUUCAACGAAAAAUUCAACAAAAACACAUGCAACUGCCGAAUCAAAAACCAGUGCCCACUCAACGGUAAAUGCUUGACAAGCGGGGUAAUAUAUAAAAUCACGGUAUCCACACCAGAUGAAGUCAAGGACUACAUAGGCCCAAUUGAAUGCGAAUUCUAAAUAAGAUUCAACGUAACUCCAUUGAACUCUCAAAAUCCAUAUGGAACCUGAAAGACAACCGCACACAACACCAAAUAUCCUGGUCAAUACUAAAACGGUCAUUAUCUUGCUAACCCAGCUCAAAGAAAUGUAAUCUAUGUCUAUGGGAAAAUAUUAUAGUAAAAGCUCAGAACGUUAAACAAAAGAAAAGGACUGGUUUCCAAAUGUCGCCAUGAGAACAAGUUAACAAUGUAUUGGAAAUUUUCCCACGGUCUGUAGCACCUGACCAUUAGCUUACAGCAUAAGUCUUAUAUAAAGCAGAAUCUGCGCCUAACAGUGUGUACCUCAAGAUCGCUUAAAGCGUGAAACUUUAAGUAGUACAAUAACUUCAUGACGUAACCGAAG